AUUUCCUCAAGACGUUACAAUUUCGUUAUUAAUAAUGUUACCCUGCAAGAAAUUCACUAAUAGUCUAGAGCUUUUAGAGUGUCAAGUGAAAAAAUUGGCCAUAAAUGAAUAUGGUCUAUCGGGCAAAUUUAUAUUUACUAAAACUAUGUCAAAGAAUUUUUUCGUAAGAUUUUUUAUUGAUACCACAACAUUCUCCAAAAAGAAGUUAGUACGUUUUAUUGAUAUAAAAAUGAAUGGAUGUGAUGCAUUACGUACUAAAUUCGAUGUACCCUUGGUACAGCAAAUUGUUUUGGAAAUCAGAAGAACUAGUAAUAUUCCCUUUCAAUGUCCAUUGGAAGCGAAUAUCCCCUAUACAUUUGAAAAUUUGACUAUUAGCGAUAAAUUUUUGAAUAAAUUUUUACCGAAUUUGAAUUUUGUUCAAGAAAUAGAUUUCUAUGAAAAGGAUACAAUUAUUGGUAGCAUAAAAACCAUUGGUAGCAUUUUGGCAAAGAAAUAA